UGCAUCACCAUGAGCUAUAUAUGAAUUGCGGAAAGGCUCAGUGCACAAAGAAUCGUCAAUAAAACAGCUUGUGUUUUACAAUCUUUAAAUAUAAAUUUAUCAAAAUCAGCUUUUGAUAUGACAAAGGUGUUACAUAAUGCGUUUAGGGUAAAGUCUCUUAAGAUCUGUGGAUUUUCUUUACUUAAUGUUAGACUCUGGUGGUACAGUUUAGCAUUCGUGCAUCUUGUAGUUACAGCUGUUGUGACAUUACGUAUAGAUGUCACUGUCGACGCUGAUCCUUCAGUCAGAGCCUAUGAUCAUGUGCGAUGGAAACUCAUCACCUGCUGGUUUAAUUUGAUAGCCUUAGCAUAUCUUCCUCUCUGCCUGUACUGCGAUUGGUGUGAGAAGCGAGAGGAACCUCCUUAUGUGGCGAACCUGAGGGUGCUUCGUGACGUCAUCUUUACAUCCAUCUUGAUGCCUGCAACUACAUAUGCCGACGUCACAUUUUGGGUCACUUUCCUGUAUGACCCCAGCAUCAUCGCGCCUCCACGAGUCUUCGAGUACAUGCCGUACUGGUCGCAGCACUCCUUGCAUACAGUUUCCAUGGUGACCGUUAUCAUGGACUUACUUCUCACUCCUCGGAAGAAACCACGGAAUAUAAAGCCUAGGUUUUGUUUCAUGGUGGGAUUUGGAACUGUUUACACUCUAAUGGUGUAUGUGAGCUAUCUCCAGGGCGAGCCAGUGUACGAGUUCCUAAAAACAGCUAGUGAUAGUAUAUUCCUGUCACUAUACUUAAUUUUCCUUAUAAUAUCAACCCCCAGCUUCUAUGCAGGAGCUGCGGACUACCUAGCGGGUUUACCGGGGCUCCGGCUCGACGGGCAGGAGUAGGAACGGGGUGGUUUU